AUGGUGCGCUCGGCCAGUGCGGCGGCUGAUAAGCGAUGUUUACGCGCAAUAGAACGACGGCACUGCAGAGUACAGGUCACGCUUAUUCGGCUCUACUCGAUCGUUGCACAUCCGGACGACCAUGAACGGUCCGUCUCCGAUGGCGACGUCGAGUUGGAGAAGAAGCGGCGGAAGACCCGUCGACGUCGUGCCAACAAGAAUCGCUUCAAGCCGUACCAUUCCCUGAGCCCGGAAGAGAAGAUGGCGCUCGAUGCUGCUGAAACUGCCAGAUCGGAGCGUAGGACACGAGAACGCAUGGCUAGUGGAAAACCUAUGGCUCCGAGUAAUACUACGCAGUUUCUAUUGGAGGACAGAGAAGCACGCGCAGGACAAGGAUUGGAGGUAGAAUUGGCGCAUGAAGCGAACGAAAGGCGGCGUGUGAGGUCCAUCAGCGUUUCGAGCGAGUUUAUGGCUGCAAGCGAAGGAGCUUCGUCGAGUGGAGACAGUGAAACAGACAAGGAAAUGGAUCGAGAGUUUGAGGCCGAAUUCGAAGAGUACACAAUGGAUCGCCUUUCUAGGCUAAGCAAGGACGAGAUGACAAAAGAAAUCUUGGACAAAGAGAAGAAUGCAGAAGUUUAUCAAGAGAAUAUGUCCAGAAUGCUGAAGGAGAACCAGCGGUUGAGGAAAAUGUUACAAGAUAAUGGCAUUGCCGUUGAUCAUAACCAGACCUCACAACCAGUUGUAUAGCACCCACCCCACCUUCUCUCUACUUAGGUGAUCUGGUUAGGCUGUCCCGUGAUUAAGUUUUCAUCCUGAUUUGCACGCGGGAUGGGGCACAAGGUGCCGAUCUCUCAGGCGCGGUAGCCCUCUUUUAGCUCUUUUUUUUUUCGUUAUGCCCAUUAGAAAAUGAUUUUUUUAUCUCUCAGAGCGGGUUAUCGCGUUUGGCGCUUUCUCAACCAUUCCUCAGGAUAAUGCUGUAGCUUCGGGUCCUAAUUUGGUCGGGUGGGGUUCGCGUAUAUGUAUGUUUCGUUAUCCUCGCAUCAUAUUCUGUACAUUUGCUAUGGGUCUUAUAUGCUUUUUUUUGCACUUGCCUGUUCUUGUUGUCUUGGUU